ACAUGUCGCUCCUCACCCACCUGCUGGCGUGUCUGUUCGGGAUGGGAUCCUGGGUGUCCAUCAACGGCCUGUGGGUGGAGCUUCCUCUGAUUGUCCCUCAGAUCCCGGAGGGCUGGUACCUGCCCUCGUACCUCUCGGUCCUGAUCCAGAUGGCCAACGUCGGGCCUCUCUUCGUCACCCUGAUGCAUCGCUUCCGGCCCGGCGCCCUGAAUGAGACCGCUGUCAUAUACGUGAUCAUUGGCCUGGGGACUGUGGCCAGUUUCCUGUUGGGUUUCUUCUGGAAGAAGACGCUUGUGGUGGCAGGUGGUCCCCGCAGUGUAGCCCUCCUCGCCUUAACCUUCUUCCUCGCUGCUGUUGACUGCACCUCCUCCGUCACCUUCCUGCCCUUCACGAUGCGCCUCAAGCCUCAGUAUCUGACCACCUACUACAUUGGGGAGGGUGUGAGCGGCCUCCUGCCGGCAUUAGUGGCUCUGAUCCAGGGUGUUGGGGUGGUCCACUGCAUAAACAGCACACAGUCUCUGAACCACACCAUGAACUCCUCCAGCAGCUCCGUGACCUUUGACCUCCAGGCCCAGUAUCAGCCAGCAAACUUCUCUGUUGAGGUGUUCUUCUUCUUCCUCAGUGCCAUGAUGCUGGUGUGUCUGGUGGCUUUCCUGCUGCUGAACCACCACCCAGCUGUGGCCCGGGAGCACCCCAACGGUCGAUACACCAACGGAGUGAAAGAGAAAUCUCCCAGAAACAGGAAGUGGGUGGAGCGGAAGCCCAUGAUGGAUCCGUACAGACCCACAAACCAGAAGCGCAGAAGCAGCUUCGGCUCCGGCGCUUACAGUUGGAUUCAGGUGUUUUACAUCUUUGCGGUUCUGGCCUGGGUCAACGCUCUGACCAACGUGGUGCUUCCCUCAGUACAGUCCUACUCAUGCCUGCCGUACGGGAACAACGCCUAUCACUUAUCAGCCACCAUGGCUGCCGUGUCCAACCCUUUGGCCUGCUUCAUCGCCAUGUUCCUCCCCAUAAGGUCCCUGCUGCUGAUGGGAGCUCUCACAGUGAUGGGCAGUGGCGUUGGAGCUUAUAUAAUGAGCAUGGCAGUGCUGAGUCCAUGUCCACUGCUGGUAAAUGACACCUCAGGUGGUUUCAUCAUGGUGUUGUCCUGGAUCAUCUUCGUUCUCACUCUGUCCUACGUGAAGGUGAUCAUAGGCGUGAUCCUGCGCGACGAGGGCCACAGCGCCCUCGUGUGGUGCGGAGCCGUGGUGCAGCUGGGCUCCCUGCUGGGAGCCGUGACCAUGUUUCCGCUGGUCAGCCUGUACAGCUUCUUCUCAUCAGGAGACCCGUGCAACACAAAGUGUCCUUGAAUGAUGACGUCAUGAAGAACAGACUGCAAGCUGUCGAGAGCUCGACUGGAUUUCCCUCUUUCUGUCUGUGGGAAUCAGUUUGAAGCUUAUUUUUUGUGUUUUCCCCUCAUGACUCACUUACUUGGAGACAUCUGAAUCUGAAUGUGUCGUUUCAGAGCACAAAGACGAAUAAUACGAACAAGCUAGUAAUAAUGUAGCCUUCCUGUCCAUGCUGCACCUCCAGUCAAACGAUGCUGUCUGAUAAAUGUGUUUGGGUCAAAUUUUGGGUCAUUUUUCUACAGUUGUUUAAGUCUCUUAAAAACUUUUCUGUCCGCCUGAAGCAAAAGUCCAUUGAACUGACCGAUAGUGAACAUCACACAUUCACCAAUAAAUAAUUAUUCAAUAAAACAAAAUACAAGAAGAGAAUUUGUGAGUAAAAUAUAGAAGGAUAUUUGUUAUUUCAAGCUCACUUUACUUGACUUCCCUUGACUUUGUCAUUAGGUUCGACUUCUUUAUUUUCCUCGUGUGUCCUGUACAUUUCUAUUUGUAUGUAGCUGCUCUAAAAGUUCAGAGUAUUGAUAUUAACACAGUCUGUUACACCUCUGACUACAGCCUGUAGAAAAACCCUCUGUAGCCUCUUUUGUAGGAAUAAAUGAUUUGUAAUAUAAUAAUUCUGUAAUUAGGUUAUUGUUUUUAUUGUUUUCAUUCAGAUGUGUUUUAAUCAUGUUGUUUAUUGUACGAUAUUAUAUGACACCAUAAAGAUAUAAUCCAAACAUCA